AUGGCUACCCGUGCCGAGAUGGACCAUCUGGCUUCGAAACUCUCAACGCUCGACACCUUUUCAUGGGUCGUGAGGGGGCUCCCUGUCGUCGCAAUCAUGCAAGAAGAAGGUCCACAUGUCGCCGAAACGCUAGGUCAGCCACUUCACAAGAAUGGAGCUGGACACGUCUUACGCCUCUGA